AUGGAGUGGAAAAACGGCAACUUUGUAGCUCUCCAACGGGUGUCACUCGACGGAGAGGAGCUGGAUGGAGGUGGGGCACGUGUCACGGAGCUUCAUCCUCAAGUCUGUGCAACAAGAGGAGGCUCUUCAUCGCAUCUGGUACACUCUCAGGAGGUGGGGACUCGUCUCUCGGCAGAUCGUCCUCUUCCCGACGACGGCUUGUUUGUUGAUCAAUCGGAGAUGAUUUACUUAAUGGAUUCGCGAUCCUUUUAUCGCGAAUCCUUCAGCAAUUUUAGUAGCAAUGCUCUGCGAAUCGCAUUGACGAGAUUUUUGCUGAUGAUCUAGUGAUUCUCGUUACUUAAUCCUUCAUCGGCGAUCUGCAGAAAAGUCACAAUAAUUAGAUAAAAAUAUAUGACUUUUGACUCUAGAAGGACUCGAACCUGCGCCGGUCGCCCGCCUCUUCUGAGGAAGGUGCGACGCGGGUUUAGUCCCACAUCAGCUGUGUGCCAAUUUUUUAAGCGAAUAUAUAGUAAUGUUAGCUUUCUAAGCAAAGUCCCUUCUCUCACGUGUACGACCACUCCUUGCCCCUUAGCCGGCUGGCCACUAGUGAUGUGAAAGGAGAGUGGCACACAUGUGCCCCCAUCGGUUCAAGUUGUUCGAGCCCUUGCUCGCGGCUACUCCUCGAUUGUGCUUCUAACCUGCUUGUGAGCCCAGCUGGCCAGCGGGUCCCACCAUUUUGUAAUAUUUUUAUUUUCAUUUCUUGUUCUUCAUUUAUCUCAAAAGUAAGACUGUAAAAAUAGUAUAAAAUCACAUAAUUACCCAAAAAUUCACAUAAAAUCACAUAAUUAUCUCAAAUAUCAUAUUUCAAUAUAGGAAAAAAAAAAUUUAGAAAUGAUGCACCUUUAAAUACUUUGGAUUCUUAUAUCAAGUAUUUAAGAAUGAUGUUAAACACUUAAAUGUUUAAACACUCUUUGGAAUAACAAUCUAGACUUCACUUCUUCUAUUCACAUCUUUAUCACUUCUUCACUCAUAGAUAUAUUUACAAGAUAUUUCAAUUAUCAAUACUCAUUCAAGAAUAAUAUUGAUCCUACAUAUUCCUCAAAAGAGGCUUGAUCUCUCAAAUUUUCACUUAAAUUCUCAUAAAGACCAUAAAUCUCAUCAGGGGUUUUCUUCAUAAAAGCUCUUACACAUAUAGAAUCAACCAUAUUUCUAUGUUGUUCUAAUAAUCUAUCAUAAAAAAUUCUAUUGAGUUGCCACUUGGGUAUAGCAUGAUGAGGACACUUUCUAAGUAAAUCUUUGAAUGUUUCCCAUGUUUCAUGUAAAGUUUCUCCUGAUCUUUGAGGAAAACUCCAUAUAAAUUUUCUCAUAUUUUGAGUUUUUCUUAAGGAAUAAUUUUUUUGAAGAAAAGCCUAUUCAUCUUAAUAAUUUAUGGUGUAACUUGAGGGAGAUUAACUAAAUCACAGACCAUAUGAAAUUUUUCUAAGUGCUGAUGAGGUUUCUCUAAAGGCAAUCCAUGAAAAUUAGGGAGCGUUUGAAAAAUUCCUAGAUUUAUUUCGAAUUUAAAAGUGAGUGCUAAUGGGACUCUAAUAUUUGAUGCUCUUUGAAAUGAAUCAAGGAUAUAAUGAUUUUUCAUGACCAUAGGAUUGUUCUCAAUUUGACCUGUACUUCCUUCAGGAUCUAUCAAAAUUAAUUUUUCUUUUCGAUUUUUAUUUUUGAAUGAAAUAAUAGAAGGAUUUUCUAGUCUUGGAUGCAAGGAUCUUCUACCAUGCAUAAAAAAAUCAAUGAAUUCGAGGAAAAAAGUUUAGUAAUUGUUACCCUCCUUUAGUAUGCUCUGGUCCUUGCUUUGUUUCUCUUCGUUCCCUUUUUUUUAAAAAAAAAUUAGCAAAAGGAAAAUAAAAUAAGAGUUAAUUUUUUUUGUGUACUCUAAGAGAAAAAUAGAAAAAUACUAAAUAUUAUGCAAUACAUCCCUAGCAAUGGUGUCAAAAUUUGACGUGACUUAGUCAUUGUAUUGUAAAUCACGUAAAUUUAAAAUUUAUAAAACUAGAAAAUACGAAUUUUCAGAUAUUUAGAAGUAUUUUUGAAUAAAUAUAUCAAGUAUAAUUUAAUAAAACUUCCUAAAAUAGUGUAAUUUUUUAGGUCGAUCAAAGGGAUGUAAUAUAAUAUCUGGUAAUUAUUCAAAAUUGACCUCAAAGAAUACUAUUUUCUAUAAAUUUUAUACUAGUAAAUGAAAAGGAAAUAUAUUUAAAAUUCACAAAAAAAAGAAAUAGGGGUGUAGACAUCAAGAUGAUAUCAGUGCUUGAGGAAUGCAAAUCGAGCGAAAAUAAAGUUAUGUUCGGUGAUUCUUUACAUAAGCGAUUACAGACAAUUUAAUUGAUCAAGUUAAGAUUUGGAAAAGCUAGAAGAAUCAUAAUGAAAUGAAGUAUAUCUUUGUAAAUUUAAAAUCAAUAAAUUAUCACUAAAUGAAAGGAAAAUUAAGUUGAAAGUAGGAAAACAGAGUUUUGGCAUCACAAUGGUGAUGCGUCAGUGAUGCACUAGAAUCUUGAGCAUUUUGGAAGAUCUUUGUGCAGUGUCCAUGGCCUUGAAGGCUCUCCUUGGACAAAGACGACGUGGGCAAUCUCUAGACCUCCUUGCAAAGUCUAGAGAUCAAUAAAAUGGCUUGUCGAAUCGUCUCUGGUGGCUGCCACCUGGUGGAGUAAAAAAAUAGUAAUUUUGCGGCUCUCCAGUGGCUGUCACCUGACAGAGAGGAGCUGGAUUGAGGUGGAGUGCAUGUCAAGAAGCUUCAUCCUUAGAUCCGCACAACAAGAGGAGACUCUUCAUCGCAUUUGGUAUGCUCUUAGGAGGUGGCGACUUGUCUCCCAAUAGAUCAUCCUCUUCCUGACAAUAGCUUGUUCGUCGAUCAAUCAGAGAUGAGUUACUCGAUAGAUUCACGAUCUUAUUAUCGUGAAUCGUUCAACAAUUUUAGUAACAAUACUCUACGAAUUGCGUUGAUGAGAUUUUUGCCAAUGAUCUAGUGAUUUUGGUUGCUUAAUCCUUCAUCAGUGAUCUAUAGAAAAGUCACGAUAAACAAAUAAACAAAAUAUGAAUUUUGGCUCUGGGAGGAUUCAAACUUGCACUAAUUGCCCCCUCGCCCUUUCUAGGGAGGUGUGACGGGGGUUAAAAAGGUCCCACAUCAAUUGUGUGCUAAAAUUUCUUGUGAAUAUAUAGUAAUACUAUAUUUUCGAUCAAGUCCUUUUCUCGCACAUGUAUGACCACUCCUUGCCUCACAGUCGGCUGGCCACCAGUGACAUGGAAGGGGGGUGGCGCACAUGUGCCCAAUUGGUCCAAGCCGCUCGAACCCCUACUGAUCGCUACUCCCCAACUGCACUUCUGACUUACUUGCGGGCCUAGAAGGUUCCCCCAUUUUGUCUUAUUUUUAUUUUAAUUUCUUUUUCUUUAUUUAUCUCAAAAGUAAGACUAUAAAAAUCAUAUAAAAUUAUAUAAAAUCACAUAAUUACCUAACAAUUCAUGUUAAUCAACUAAAAAUAACUUUUCACACUUUAACAUAAAUAUAAGUCUAUUUAUAAUGAGUUAAGACUAAAACCAUAUUAUUUACUAAUUAUUAACUCAUGAUAAUGAAGACUUAUCAAUUAUCAAGUCUAGUAUUACUAUAUAUCAACCUCAAAACUCAGCAUAUAACCAAUGUGGGACUAAACCUAGUGUCAUAGCCUCCAAAAAGUUUUAAUAAUUUUAAUACCUAAAAUAUCCCUUGUUUAGUAAACCACACAAAUUUUAAAUUUAUAAAACUAAAAAAUACUAAUUUUUAGAUAUUUAGAAGUAUUUUUGAAUAAUUAUAUUAAUUAUAUUUUAAUCAAAGUUCUAAAAAUAGUGAAAAUUUUCUAGGUCAAUCAUAGGAAUCUAAUAUAAUAUCAAGUAAUAUUUCAUAAAUGUUCUCAAAGAAUAUGAUUUUUUAUGAAUUUUAAACUAAAAAAAGAAAAUAAAAUAUAUUUAAAAUUUGUGAAAGAAGGAAAUAAAGGUGUAGAUGUCAAGAUGAUGUCAGCACCUAAUGAAUGCAAACCGAGUAGAAAUAGAGUUCUACCUGGUGAUUUUUACAUAAGCGAUUAUAGACAAUUUUGUUAGCCAAAUUAAGAUUUGUAAAAGCUAGAAGAAUCAUUACAAGAAGUAUUUUGUAAGCCUUGUUGAUCAUAAUUUCACAUGUGGAAGCCCCAUGAAAUCAGCUAAGGUGCUACUACAAUUUUAUUUUAUUUUUUCUAGUGUAAUCUUUACCAUGUUUUAUUCUUUUGUCUCAAGUUUAAUGAUGAUUAAUGAUUUGUAAAAGCAUCAAAUAAUUUGAAUUUUUUUUGAUUGACUACUAAUCAAGAAAGAGAAAGAUUCAAUUUACUACUCAUAGCUAAUAAUAAGAAUUCAUAACAUAAAUCCGGCAGAAGACCAAAGUAGAUUUUCUCAAUUUAGGAGUGUGGGUUAUAUGCACCAUGAAAGAUGAUGAACUUCAUGAUUUAGUUAUAAGCACUAUAGCACCUGAUGUAAUCUCAUGUAUUCACCCUCGUGCAUUUAUUCUUCCCCCCCAAAUGACCAUUCGCAUUGUCCUCAAUAUAUCUAUAUAAGAGAAAAAGGAGAAAGCAUUAAAUGUGCAAACUGAUUUUCACUCUUCAUCCUUCUGAUUUUCUUUUGUAUUAAUCUGUAUCAUGAUAUGCAAUUCCUCUAGAACACUGGAUCUGUUCGCUUAAUAAAAACUCAAGAAAAAUAUCAAAGGAUAGAGAAAAAUAAUAAAAAUGGAAUGUAGUGGAAAAGAAAGCUAUGCCAUCUUAGAGUACAUCAUGGAGGGAAAGUUCUAAGAAGAUUGAGGUUCAAUGGAUGGAUCAUAUAAUUGAGUGGAAAUGGGUAAAGAAGGAGGGUUCAUUUUCUAAAUAAGGUUUUAAUCUUUGCCCAUUCACAUUAAAAUUUUUACUAGUUUUAGAUCUGCAAUUAAUAUUGGACCAUAGUCAAAAACUUUAAUCACAAGGUAUGGUCCAUCCCAUCUAGAUUUUAAUUUCUCGAGGAAUAGUUUCAAUCGAGAAUUGUAAAGCCAAACUUUUUGAUGCUCAUGAAAACUCUUUCUGCUCUCCUUCUUGUUAUAAAAAGCCUUCAUUUUUUCUUUGUAAAUUAGAGACUUCUCGUACAUCUCAUUGGGUACUUCUUGAAGCUCUUGCAAUUACAACAUACGGUGCAUACCUAUGGCAUCUAAAGAAAGAUUAAGAUUCUUUAUAACUUAAUAAGCCUUAUGUUUGAUCUCCAUAGGAAGGUGAAAAACCUUUUGACGUGACUUAGUCGUUGUAUUGUAAAUCACGUAAUUUAAAAAUUAUAAAACUAGAAAAUACUAAUUUUUAGAUAUUUAGAAGUAUUUCUGAACAAAUAUAUUAAUUAUAAUUCAAUUAAGUUUACAAAAAUAGUGGUAAUUUUUUAAGUCGAUCAUAGAGAUGUAAUAUAAUAUUAGGUAACUUUUUAGUAUUUUUCUCAAAGAAUAUAAUUUUUUUAUGAAUUUUAUACUGAGAAAUGAAAAUAAAAUAUACUUCAAUUCGUGAAAAAAGGAAAUAAGGGUGCGGAUGUUAGGAUGAUGUCAGUGCCUGACAAACGCAAAUGAAAUAGGAACAAAGUUAUGCCUAGUGAUUCUUGUGUAAGCAAUUACAAAUGAUCUAAUUAAUCAAAUUAAGAUCUGUAAAAGGUAGAAAAAUCGUAAUUGAAUCAAAUAUAGCUUGGUAAAUUUAAAUCACACAAAGUAUCACUAAAUGAAGUAAAAAUUAAGUUGAAAGUAGAAAAAUAAAAUUCCAACGUCAUGGCAAUAAUGUGUCGAUGAUGUAUGAGAAUUUUGAGUAUUCGGGAAGAUUGUCGUGUAGUGUCCACGGCCUUAAAGGCUCUCCUUGGACAAGGACGAUGUGGGCAAUCUCUAGAUGUCUAUGUGAAGUUUAGAGAUCAAUAAAAUGGAUCAUCAAAUUAUCUCCGGCAACUGUCACUUAGCAGAGCGAAAAAAUGACUUUGUGACUCUCUAGUGGCUGUCACCUGAUGGAGAGGAGCUAGAUGGAGGUGGGACGCAUGUUAAGGAGCUUCAUCCUCAGGUUUGUGCAGCAAGAGGAGACUCUUCAUUGCAUCUAGUAUGCUCUCAGGAGGUGGUGACUCAUCUCACGACAGAUUGUCCUCUUCUCGACGACGACUUGUUCAUCGAUCAAUCAGAGAUGAUUUACUCAAUAGAUUCAUGAUCCUUUUAUCGCGAAUCAUUUUCAGCAAUUUUAGUAACAAUGCUUUGUGAAUUGCGUUGACAAGAUUUUUGUCAAUGAUCUAACAAUUUUAAUGGCUUAAUCCUUCACUGGUGAUCUAUAGGAAAGUCGAGAUAAUGUUUCAUUGGGCUCUAAGAGGAUUCAAACCCGUGCUGAUUGUCCACCUAUAUAAGAGAGAUUGAAAUAAGUACUCUAAUGCCCUUAUCAAGUGACGUCUUCAUAGUAUAUCUCUAUUAUAAUUAAGGAGUAAUUUAGGUAUUAAAAUCGUCAAAGCCUUUCAAGGAAAGGUGUGAUGUGGGUUUAGUCCCACAUCACUUGUGCGCCAAUGUUUUAAGCAAAUAUAUAGUAAUAUCACAUUUACAAGUAAUGAGUACUUUUCUCUCACAUGUACAACCACUCCUUACAUAAGACUUGGCUGGCCACCAGCGACGUGGAAGGGGAGUGGUGCACACAUGCCUCCAUUGGUCCUAGUCACCCAAGCCCUUGCUCGUGGCUCCCCCCGACUACACUUCUAAUCUACUUAUAGGCCUGGUUGGUUGACGGGUCCCCUCUUUUUUGCUAUAUUUUUUUUUAAUUUCUUUUUCUUGAUUUAUCUCAAAAAAUAGGAUUAUAAAAAUCAUAUAAAUGCAUAAAAAAUUAUCUAAUUAGCUAAAAAAAUUACAUUAAUCAAUUGAAAACUAUUUUUCAUAAUUUAAAAAAAAUAUAAGUCUAUUUAUCAUGAGUUAUUUACUAAUUAUUAACUCAUGAUAAUGAAAACUUAUCAGUGGUUUUCUAUUAUGACAAAAAAAGGCAUUAUAUUAACAAAUAAUAAAGGUAAAAAUAUUGUACUUGAAAAUAUUAUCAAUUUACUUGAAAAUAUUGAACGUGUACUCUUAAAAAGGCAAAAAUCUCAUUUUAUAUGUGUAAAACUAUAUACAAAUUUAUAUACAAUAUAGAUUUGGCUCAAAAACAUUUAAUAGGGGUCGCAUAUAGAAUUAUGUAACUCUUAAUUACAAUUGUACAUUAGACUACAGUCAAAAUAGAUAAUAAUUUGUUUCAAUAAAUACUUUCCAUGAUUAAUUCAUUAUCCUUAUAAAUGUGAUGGUCGGCACACUUGUUAAUACAAUAACUUCCUACUUAUGCUUAAAGUCUUAGUUUAGACAAGAAAUUUAUUUUCCACUCAUCAAUAGAAUGAAUCAAGAUUUGACGAUGGGUACAUUUUUCUUCAAGUUUAGGAAAACAUCUAGAGGGUGCAAUGUAUAAAAAGUAUAUACGAUGACAUUCAUUCAUGUGAAUCAUAUAAGAUUUAACUUUGUCAAGAUAUGCUUUUCAAAUUGAAAACAUUACAAAGCAUAACUAUGCGACUUUUAUUUCAAACUCCUCUUUAUAUACCCAAUCUUCUAUGAAUCUAGAUGCUUCUUAAUUUUUAGAUCAUCACUAAAGAAAUCAUACUUUUACUAUGAUGGGAACCAAUUACGACAUUACAUUACUUUCAGUUUUGGACUACAUGUGGUUCUAAACACAUUAUGGGGUGGAUGUGUGUCCUUUGGUGGACACAUAAGCUUCCAAUACAUAAUUCUUAUUUCUUCAUAACUUUACAUAUUCUAAUAAAUAAUAUUAAUCAUAGUGAUUAGUAAUUAUAAAUAUAACCUAAACUAUCAAAUUCGUGCCAUUUAAUCCAAUACUUGUAGUGUUCAUUUAUUUACUGAUAAAAUUUUCAUUUUGGUAAACUAUAGUAAUUAUUCAUUGCAACUAAUCAUUAUGAUUGUAUGAAAUAAUAUUAGAUUUCUUCCCUUUAAUACUAUAUUUUUAUGUGCCAGCUUUCUUAUAAAAAAGUAAUAUUCAUUAUUUAUGCAUAAAAUUUACAUUUAUCGGUCUAAUAAUUAUUUCUGAUAAUUUGUAAGUGUGAAUGUACUUAAACAUAUUAUAUUCCUGUACUCAAUAGGUUACGUCCAAAGUGGUGCCAUUUCUAAGGUGAAUAGAUAGUAGGUACAAAACAUUUCUAAAGUUUAAAUGUUGGCAAUAAAUGAUACAUAUUCCUAGCAAGAGUAACUAUGAUAUAAAUAUCUACUUAUACUCACGCCCUCUAAAUGAUUGUCUUGUAUUAUUAUCAUUGAUUGAUAUAGUUUCUGUUUUUGCAUAAAUAUUAAUUACACACCUUUAUCAAUAGCUAUGAUUACAUUAAAAAAGUAUUAUAUUCAUGCCCUUAAUAUGAGGCUUUUAAACUAUCGUUUUCUUUAUGAAUAAAUAAUAACAAUAAUAAUAAAUAAUUUAGUCAUGAGAUUUAUGUUUUCUCAAUUGGCACUUUACAGAUUUUAUUUAUAUUCUUACAUGUACAUGGUCAUGGUCUGUCAUCAAUCAAACAUUUUAUCCGUUUCUUUCUAUGACACUCAUCUUCUUCAUUAUUUACCUGCAAUCUUCCACGUUUUUGGUGAACCUGUUGGAAACAUGGUCAGCCUAUUUAACAACAGAUGAUAGAGCCAUGAAAAAGAGAUAAAACCAUCUGACAUAAAAUAAAAAUAUGUGAGGUAAUUUCAGUGAUGUCAUGUUUGCAACCACCUUCAAAAUUGCAUCAAUCCGAAUGGUCUUUAACAGGGUGCAGGGGGGGCAUAUCAAGCUUCCAAAAAGAGAAAUGAGCUUCGAGUAGGUGGGCUGCUCAACAAAUUGUAUCUUCUUCACUGCUUCAAGGAAUUGUGCAAAAGGAGGGGGACAGCCACCACACAGCGUCUCGGGGGAGGUUACAGUCUUGUUCAUGAAGACUAGAAACCUCUUGUCAUUCCCCUACAUAGUUGGCAUAAGAAUCAGCAAGUGAUCAAUCAAAGAGAUGGGAGAACAUGUACAAGUAGAGGUGAAAGCAAACCUGAUAGCCUUCCCACGGCAGCCUUCCUUUAAUCAAAAAAAUCAGAGUGUAGGCCAAUGACUCAAGAUCAUCUCUUCUACUCGCUGUGAGGCCUAAAUGUGCAUGGACGCUUGCAUAUCGUGUUGUGCCCCUAGGGAACAUGAGAUAGAUAGUAAGGUAGGGGUAAGAUUUUAUGAAUCCUCCUCUUAGCUAAGAAUUUAGGGAAAAAAUAGAAUAUCGUUUCCCAAAAAACCUGAAAUUAUCUGGCUGUUGGCAUAAGCUGACAUGCUGGCCUGACAAACUGUCCCUCCACAUUGAAGCUGAUUAAAAUAUUAAUGACACCAAUUAGCAUUUGUACAGGCUCUGAACAAAGCACAAAAAUAUCACUGAUGUUGAUACAGACAGGGACUUCUCAGUCAAGACGAAUUUGUUUAUAUACUUGGAAAAACAAACCCUACUCUAAAAUCAAUAGGUGCGAAAGGUGAAAACAAGAAGUGAUUGGAAUGCAGCAACAUACCCAGCCCAAAGUCGAUGAGAAAAAGCUUCUUCUCCCCUGAGCUUCCGGGUUUACCCAACAAUAAAUUCUCUGGCUUGACGUCUCCAUGCACAAACCUGGCAUGUUUUUUUUUUUGUGUGGGUGGAGGGAGGGAGGGGAGUGCACAAGGGAGCAAUGAAUUGAUUACUGUGACCUUUGCAAAAAUUUAAUUGAAAAAAUAUCACACUGCCACAAAGCCAUACGUACCCUUUUUGGUGUAGCUUCUCAAGGAUGGAUAUUGCCUCCACAGCAAUACAAGCCACCAUAUUUGGUGGCAUUCUGUCCAAGGAGUUAGUCAAACUCAAUAGCACAAUUCUCAACAGAAUAUUGACUUUGAAUAUGAAGUCAAGAUUAUUUUCUUACACUUGCCCAAUGGAUAUGAACACAUCCAGGAGACUUGGUCCAAGGAUGUCCAUGAUCUGCAGCAAUCAUCAUCAACAAUAUCAUAAUUAGCUUUCAAUAAAAAACAUAAUUCGAGGAAACAAUAAAAUGAAAGACUCUACGCCAACCAUGACGAAAUAAUCUCCUUGGCGGCCCUUGUAGUGCACCCUAGGCAAUCCAUAGCAUCCCUUGAGAUGGCUAAAACCAUAUUCACAAAGUCAGAUGAAGAACGUAGUUUUAGAUCGACACAAUACGUAAUAAAUUAGAGCAGUAGGGGGUGUCUUCUUACUCAUAAACUUGCCAUUCAUAUGGGGGGCCAAAUCUGCAACCCGUGCUAUUUCUAUGCUCAAACUUCAGUGCUACCUACACCCACCGCAGGAAAAUGAAAGAGACAACAUAAAACAGCAGUAUUUAAAGAUUCCCUUGGCAGGAGUGAUGGGAGGUUGAAACUAAACCUUAAAGGCAUUGGGCCCAUCGCCCUGAGAUCCACCAGCCACCCUUCGUCCAAUGUAGACCAGCCCAAAACCUCCUGCACCCAACAUUCUCUCUACCUUGUAUAAUGGAGAAUUUCCGACCUGCACCUGUCGAUUUUGGAUAGGACAUUCCUAUUGUCAAGAUGUGAUGUGCUUUGGGAUGGAGAGAGAAAGCUCUCUACAGUCGCCGUCAAGGAAAGGAAUGAGGGACGUCGAAGCAUGUACCCGAUCCGGGAUGGGAGACAUCCUCGCUUCCUCCUGUAGCCCGACAACCUCGUCCACACUUCCUCCCUCGAUUCCAGCUGCUUUCUCAACAGGACAGCCCGCCACCAAGUUCUGAUGGUUUUUCUGGGUGGGGAAUAACGCUCGGGAGAGCUGCAGGUACGGAGGGUGUUGUUUCCUGCCGGAAAUCACCGGGUUCUUCUCCAGAAACUGGUCGAUCGCUCAGCGAUCUGAAAAUCGAAUGUGCCCCUUGAUUCAACACGCUCACCCGUCACCGUCAAUCGAUAAACCUUGCUGAAAUAAUCUUUUCUCCUCCAGACGGUAAACUCAUCCGUCCCCAAAGAGCAAUCGGAUGGAAGUCUAAAGAAGAAGAUAGAUCCCCCUACCCAGACCAAACAUCAAAUCGAAUCAGCAACGAAGCGGCAAAACAAAUCGGAAGAAGGUAAAUAAAUAAGAGGAAGGAGGAAAGCCAGAGCUUUCUUCAGCAAUCUCGCACCACCCCCACCACCGCAGGCAACCGAAAGUCCAAAUCAAAGAAAAUAAAGAUCCCAUCCAAAGAGUCCAUAAGAAGAUGCCCCCGACACAGAAAAUCACGAACCCAUCGAAAGACGGCACUAGAACAUAACCCCCGAAUCAACGAAGGGCCAGAAUUCGUCGAAAGACGGCACUAGAACAUAACCCCCGAAUCAACGAAAGGCGAGAAUUCGUCGAAAGACGGCACUAGAACAUACCCGGAGCGGCCUUUCAGGGAAGCAGAAGCCUGGGAACGUACGACCUCUCCGUGAGGCGGCGCCGACCGUGACCUCGGCGUCUUCGGCGGUGGACUCCUCCGCCGGAUGCGGCCUCCCACUCUUCCUCCGGAUUCGCGCACGAGAAAGGGUUCCAGAAGAACUCGACGGAGAGGAGAGGAGAAGGCGGCAGGCUGUCCGAACUCCGCCGUGCUUCGUAGAGCGAGGACGCAUCCACAGAAAGAAAGCGAGAGCAAGAUAGAGUGAGAGAGAGCAGACAGACAAAGGGAGCGAGAAAAGGCGCGAAAGAAAGAGAGAUCAAUGACAGCCUUACUCUAUCACCCGCUCUUCUUUCACGUUCUGCCAUUAGGUACGGAUCUCCAAUUACAUUUCUCUUUGAGGUCUGACGUAAAUUGUGCCAAUUUCUGUUCACGAUGUCCGUUGAAAUGUCGUCGAACCCGUGUGGGCCACGUGUCCCACAUCUGCUUAAGUGUCAUGCCAACUCGUCGGUUCUGCUUCCACUGUCGACCUGUUGAUGGUUUAACUUUUAGCCUCUGAAUAUUCCGGCCCAUUGGGUCACUUGGCUCGGCCCAGCCCAACUCAUUCUGAUUUUCUUUUAUUUUAGACCUUUAUAUCAAAACCUCUUAGAAAUUAUGAGAAAUUCUAGAAAAUUUCAAAAAAUCCAGGAUAAAAUUUAGAAAAUCCUAAAACUCAUAAAAAUAUUUCAUGCAUAAUUAUUUAAAUUAAUUAUCUUAAAAUAAUUUUUAAAAUAUUAAAAUACAUGUUUAUGUAUGAAUGAUCUGAAUGCAUACGAACUAAAUGUAACAUGUAUUAUUUCUGUUAAUUUUAUGCACUAAAUAUUGAUAAAUAUAAGGUAAAUACAGAUAAUGAAGACUUAUCAACCACAACAUAAUAACUAGACUAAGAUGAUCUAGUUCAAUCGUUUUCAUCCACAAUAUACUAUCAUUAGCCAUUUAUUGUCGCACCACAUACCCAUGAAUACAACCUAAAACUCCUUCAUACUUCAAAGAAUAAUGAUCAUGGUAAAGAAUUCACCUAUCUUUUUUUCAUGAGAUCCACACCCCUAAUCUAGAGAAGGUAAACUUUUCUAAUUGACUUACCCUUUUAAAGGAGCAUUAGGCUUUGUUCGUUUAAUCAUACGUGUUUGUGCAAAUAAUCAAUGCAGCAAAAGUUUUAAAAUAUUCAGAACAUUUUUGAAUUUUUUUGUUCUCCCCCCUACUUGAAUGAUGCAUUAUCUCUAAUGCAUGCAAAAGUCUUUAAUGCAUGUGAGAGAAGGGAAAAGGGAAGAAAAUUCUGGUUUUUAUGCCCCAUCUACUACACUAUUGCCCUUGAAUGGUUCUCUAACUAAAGCACUCGACCAAUAAAAUAUGUCCUAAACAAAAGCUAGUAAGGAAAUGAUAGUUCUCCUCAUGAUAAAAUAUGUGCAUACACACAAAUAGAUCAAGUCCUCAAAUAUUUGCUAGAGACCAACCAAUCACCUCUCUCUAUGUCCUAAGUACAUCAAGUAAUCUAUUCUCUUGAUCCUUAGACAAAUACGAUGAUAUAAUCAUUGGAUAAGUUUGAUGUUAAUCAAAAAAUAUAUACUUUAAUGAAGAUAUUGAUAAGUUUUCAUUAUCAUGAGUUAAUAAUUAAUUAAUAAUAUAGUUUUAAUCUAAACUCUUGAUAAAUAGACUUAUAUUUAUGUCAAAUUAUAAAAAAUAGUUUUUAAUUGAUUAAUUUGGCUAAUUAUGAAAGCUUAUGUGAAUUUAUAUAAUUUUAAUAAUCUUAUUUUUGAGAUAAAUAAAGAGAAAUAAAAUUAAAAGAUAGAAGAAAGAGAAAACUUGCCACCUAGUCAAGCCCACAAACAGGUUGGAAGUAUAGAUAGGCGGAACCGUGAGUAAGGGCUUGAGCGGCUAAAGACUAACUGAUAGGGGGACACAUGUGCGUCACUUCCCUUCCACAUCAUCAAUGGCUAGUCGGGCAUGUGACAAAGAGUGGCCGUACACAUGUGAGAAAGGGAUACAUUGAUUAUUGACGUGACUUAGUUGUUGUAUUGUAAAUCACACAAAUUUUAAAUUUAUAAAACUAGAAAAUAUGAAUUUUUGGAUAUUUAGAAAUAUUUCUGAAUAAAUAUAUCAAUUAUAAUUCAAUAAAACUUUCAAAAAUAGCAGUAAUUUUCUAGGUCGAUUAGAGGGAUGUAAUAUAAUAUCUAGUAAUUUUUUAGAAUUGUCCUCAAUGAAUAUUAUUUUCUAAGAAUUUGAUACUAGUAAAUGAAAAAUAAAUAUAUUUAAAAUUCACAAAAAAAAGAAAUAAGGGUUCGGAUAUUAGGAUGAUGUCAGCACCUCGCGAAUGCAAAUCUGGCAGAAAUAGAGUUCUGCCCAAUGAUUCUUACAUAAAUGAUUAUAGACGAUUCAAUUGAUUAAAUUAAGAUUUGGAAAAUCUAAAAGAAUUAUAAUGAAAUGAAGUAUAUCUUGGUAAAUUUAAAAUCAACAAGUUAUCACUAAAUGAAACAAAAAUUAAGUUGAAAGUAGGAAAAUAGAGUUCCAACAUCGCAACGGUGAUGCGUCGGUAAUGUACCAGAAUCUUGAGCGCCUACAACCUUGAAGGCUCUCCUUGGACAAAGACAACAUAGGCAAUCUCUAGAUCUCUUUGCGAAGUCUAGAGAUCAAUGAAAUGGGUCAUCAAAUCAUCUCCGGUGGCUGUCACCUAAUGGAGAGGAGCUGGAUGGAGGUGGGGCGCGUGUCAAGAAGCUUCAUCCUCAGGUCUGCAUCACAAGAGGAGGCUCUACAUCGCAUCUGGUAUGCUCUCAAAAAGUGGGGACUCAUCUCCUAGCGGAUCGUCUUCUUCUCGACGACAGCUUGUUUGUCGAUCAAUCGGAGAUUAGUUACUCGAUGGAUUUGCAAUUCUUUUAUCACAAAUCAUUCAAUAAUUUUAGUAACAAUACUCUGUGAAUUGCAUUUGACGAGAUUUUUGUCGAUGAUCUAGCGAUUCUAGUUGCUUAAUCCUUCACCGAUGGUUUACAGGAAAGUCACAAUAAUCAGAUAAACAAAAUAUGAAUUUUCACUUUCGAACCUAUGCCAAUUGCCCCCAUGCCCUUUCUGGGAGGUGUGACGCAGGUUAAAGAAGUCUCACAUCGGUUGUGCGCCAAAAUUUCUGAUGAAUAUAUAGUAAUACUACAUUUUUGAUGAAGUAUUUUUCUUGCAUGUGUACGACCACUCCUUGCCCCACAACCGGCUGGCCACUAGUGACGUGGAAGGGGGGUGGUGCACACGUGCCCAAUCGGUCCAAGCCACUUGAGCCUCUGCUCGCGGCUACUCCCCAACUGCACUUCUGACCCGCUUGCAGGCUUGGCUGGCCGGUGGGUUCCCCAUUUGUCUUAUUUUUAUUUUAAUUUCUUUUUCUUCAUUUAUCUCAAAAGUAAGACUAUAAAAAUUAUAUAAAAUCAUAUAAAAUCACAUAAUUACCUAAAAAUUCACAUUAAUUAAUUAAAAACUACUUUUCACACUUUAACACAAAUAUAAGUUAUUUAUCAUGAGUUAAGGUGAAAACUAUAUUAUUUACUAAUUAUUAACUCAUAAUAAUGAAGACUUAUCACACCUCCAACUUAAAUCAUUGCUAGUCUCUUUGCAAUAGAAUUACGAAUUCGUUUUUUACAAAUCUCAAACAUCAUAUUUCAAUACAUAAAAAUAAAAAAAAAUACAAUCAGAAAUGAUGCACCUUUAGACACUUUGGAUUCUUAUAUCAAGUAUUUAAGAAUGAUGUCAAGCACUUAAAUAUUUAAGCACUCCUUAGAAUAACAAUCUAGACUUCACUUCUUCUAUUCACAUCUCUAUCAUUUCUUCACUCAUAGAUAUAUUUACAAGAUGUUUUAAUUGUCAAUACUCAUCUAAGAAUAUAUAUUGAUCUUACAUUUAAUUUUUUCCAUGGCUUAAUUUUUGAAGUUUACACUAUAUUUCUUCUUUUUCUUUUUUUUUUAUAUAUAUAGUGGAUAAGUAGCUUUUCUCGUAGACAAAUUUCGACACUAAGAAUGAUGUCUCACAUCCUCCAUGUGUACUAUUCAUUUUCAAGGCUUUCACUUUAUCCACUUAUUUUGUAGUAAGUAUUUUUCUAUGCACGAUUUUUGACAAUGAGAAUGAUGUAUCACACCCUCCAUGUGUACUCUUCAUUUUUAGAUUUUUCACAUUGUUCUCUCUUUCUUCUUUUUUUCGAGAUAAGUGAUUUCUCCUCACAAGUCCUAUAAAUCGGGGUGUAAAAAUCUCCAUCAAACUCAAAUGAUCAAUCAAAUUUUCACAUUAAGUAACUAUUAUCCAUCAAGAUCAUGAAGUGAAAAUCUGUAAAAUCAAAUCCUUGUUAUCUAUCAUGUAUCCAAGGAGUAUUCUAACAUUUCAUGCUACUAGAUUAUUCUUUUGACUCAAUAAUAAUCUUCCUAGUAUCUUUUGGUAUCAAUCAAUCUAAUUGAUUUAAUUUUUCAUACAUACAAUAUGAUGUAAGAAAUUUGUAAAUUAGAUAGUUUUGACAGUUCUGUUUUCUAUUUUUAGUUCUAUUGUUAGCAACAAUAAAUUUGUCAAAAAGAAAUCAAAACUAUCAUCUUUAUCGUUGUAAUUUUGAAUUUCAGUAAUAUACGUCUAGGGGAUUGAAAUGUGAGAAAAAGGUCUCCACAAUGUCAAAUUUUGGGCUAUUUUUUGUCUGCUAUUUUUGAGUUUGUUGUUCUUGACAGAAAACUAGAAAAUAGAUAUUGUAGUUUAUCAAAUUUUAUUUUAUUUUUAUUUUUUCAGUUGCUAUUCUAAUACAAACACGUUUUUAAUUGUCCUAUAGCAUAAAUUAAUAAUGAAUACUUCACCCCCCAACUUAAAAAUUACAUUGUCAAUGACACAGAAAAAUCGAAACAGAAUAUGCAGAAAAUAUAAUUUUCAAGUGAAGCAUGCAUAUGUGCAAAGUUAAGCAUUAAAAUUUUUCAUAAAUGAUAAGGCUCAGAAAGACAUCACCUAAACCUCGUUUUUGAUUUUCUACUUCAUCUUACACUCCUCCUCUUGCACUUUUUCGAAAAAACAAAUACAGAAACAAGUACUACAAAAUUCUAAGAAAAUAGAGCUUCGAAAAAAAGUCAAACAUAAUGAAAUAAAAACGAUGGGUUGCCUCCCAUGCAGUGCUGAAUUUAGUGUCUUCAACUAGACAACUCUUAGAUCAUAUAAGAUGAUCUAUGACCAUCAAAAUAUAUUUGUAUCCCAAGGUAAGUUUCAUGAUAUUCUUUUUCAGAUUUAGCAUAAAUUCAUAUGCUUCAUAUAUAUACCUUGACAUACUUUCAGCCAAAACAAAAUAGAAAUUAACAAAAUUUUCCCAAAAAUAAUAUUUCCAUUUUGAAAAGAAUCUUUCCUCAUUUCUAUCUUUUUUUGUAAGACUCUCAUUCAUUAAUAAAUACUUUCUAUUAAUAGACCAUAAAAUGUGAUCAUGCCAUAAAAUGUGAAAUAUUUCAAGCUUAGAAAUAAUUCUAAUGGGCUGUGGGUAUUGAAGGAUGGAAGGAUUGUCUUCUUUAAUCUCAGAUCUAAUGAAUUUAGUAAAAUUCAAAUUUGCUCCUCCAAAAUUAUCUCUAUAUUCAUAUUCAUUAGUUGAAUCAACUCUUUCUAGCUUUUCGUUUCUCAACUCAUCAAAUUCUUCAUCUUCUCAAGAGCUAUCUUUUAAUUUUGGUAUAUGAUAUACAUCAUCAUCCUCACUAUCAACAUCCAUGGCUACAAAAUUAUGAUUAGAUUUAUUAAUUUCGUCUCCUACAUCUCCCAAAUCAACUGAUUUUUCCUCACCUGAAAUAUGUUUUUCUUCAUUUCUGUCCUUACUCCCUUCUACUAAAAUUUGGAUGAUUUUCCAUGAUCAACUAUUGUUUCUUCAUUUAAGGGCUCUUUCUCCUCAUCAUCCUCACUAUAUUCCUUCAUCAAGUAUGAGCAAUAAAUGAUUUUAUUCAAAUUUUCUACUACUAUAUUUUUGGCCUUAAUAUUCUUAUUUACUUCUAAUGGAUCAUCGAUUUCUUCUAAUAGUUGGAAAUAAAGAUCAGGUAAAAUAUUAUCACUCAAUGUAUUCACUAUCCUAACAUUUUCAUUUUGUGAGUUUUUUCCUAGAUUUAUGCUACUAGACUCUUCUUACUGAAAUCCUAUUGUUGGGUGGUUCUCUGAAUUUUCUAUGGGCUAACUAGGUAGCUGUCCCUCUUCUCUCUUAUUCCCAAAAGCCUCUAUAAUUUAUUUCUAGUGUAGCGUCAUUUGAUUCAUAGUUUGUUGCAUUAUUUGGCUCAUUUGCUAUGUCAUUUCUAUAGCAUCAGGUUGGAUUUGAAAGGACCAAGUUUUUUGAAAUCUAUGUUCCUAUUUUAGACGAAAUUCAAAAUUUGAAUUGGAUCUAAGUGCUUCUGGAUUUUAAAUAUUAUUUGUGUUUCUCCACCAAAAAUUAUUCUCCCAAUUAGGAUUAUAAGAAUUAAAAAAAUAUUUCUUAUUUUUACUAAAAUCGUGGGGUACCUACAGUUUUUCUUGCCUAUGAUGAUAUUGAAAUUCGAAAGGAUCAUUUUCAUCAUACAUAGGACAUGUACUAUUUGAAUUAAAUUGAGGGUUAAGAGGCUUUCUAAUAUUGUCAAUAAGUAAAUCAAGUUUUUUUAAUCUUUGAUUAAUCUGAUUAACCUCAUUUGUAAAUUUAGAAUCAUCAUCAUGAUGUAAUUCAUAAAUUCCUUUCUUCUUAUCCCUGUCAUAUAAUUCGAAAGAGGCUUGAUCUCUAGAAUUUUUACUUAAAUUCUCAUAAAAACUGUAAAUCUCAUCAGGGGUUUUCUCUAUCAAAGCUCCUCCACAUAUAGAAUCAACCAUAUUUCUAUGUUGUUCUAAUAAUCCAUCAUAAAAAAUUCUAUUGAGUUGCCACUUAGGUAUAAUAUGAUGAGGACACUUUCUAAGUAAAUCUUUAAAUGUUUCCUAUGUCUCAUGUAAACUUUCUCCUAAUCUUUGAGGAAAACUCCAUAUAUGUUUUCUCAUAUUUGAGUUUUUCCUAAGGCAUAAAAUUUUCAAAGAAAGAUCUGCUCUAUGUCUUUCUAGCUAGUUUUUUUUUUUUUUAAAGAAAGAAAAUUUGAUUUAGUGAUAAAAGUUUGACCUCAUUUUGAGGUUACAUAAGUGAGAUCUCAUUCGCACAAGGGGCGAGGAUGACAUGGAGAAUUAAAUACCUUUCUUGAAGAGGGGAUGUGAUAAUACUGGAGAUAGACUCCAAUGCGUUCAUCAUAUUUGAAGAAGGUGGUUGAUUUACAUUGGGCUGAAGGAGCCUUUGAGUUCAUGAAAGUUGGAAGAUCUGCUCAACAAUAGUAGGACGUGUAGACCUCUAUGUUGUGCGCCAUGCGGUGUUCCUACAAGACAAGAGUUUGUUGUAGUAAGUAGUUCUAAGAAAUAAAUAAAAUGGUAUAAAGUAGUGAGAAAAGAGUAGUUAGGGCAGUGAGGAGGAUAGAACUAUGCUGGAGCAUGACAAUAAGCCCAAAUAUGAACUUGCCUUCCUAGUGUUGCAUGCGUCUAAUCUCUCUGGCCAAGAUCUUGUUAGUACCAUCAGUUACCGUACUUCCUGGAAGUAGGUAAGAGACCUUUCACCCCAUGAGGAAUGACUUGGUCUCUUUUUCUAACUCUUUUCUUUUCUCUUAUUCUCUCUCUCUUCUUUCUCUCUCCUUGAGAGACUCUUCUUUUACCCUCCACUAAUGCCCAUUAUUUGGUGUACAAGGGUAAUUCCCUUUGGAGUAUUAGGUUAGUGAUUAAGGGAAGGGAAGUAGGUUGCCUACUUUUUUUUUUUUUUUUUUUUUUGGGGGGGGCCUUUCCUUCACCCUCCACUAAUUGUCUAUGAUGGGCUAGUGAUUCCGGGAAAAGAAGUAGGCUGUCUCUUUUUUUCUUCUUCUUUUUUUUUUUUUUUUCAAGAGAGAGAAAGGGAGGGAGAAAGAAAUAGAGAAUCGAGAGAGAGAGAGAGAGGAGAGAGGGUCAAUCCUAUGGAAAUAGAUCUUUACCUUCUCAUGGGUUCAAGCUGGCUGAUGGUACUAAUGAGAUCUUGAGAGAGAUACUAGGUUGACGAUUCACAACUAGUUUGGCAGGUUUGAUGUGCUAUAGACCUAUAGUUCAAAAGUGGGCAAAUGCCAACAUGUGCUGAUAGUUCUAUGUCCUCACUACUUGAGGGUCAUAGAUAGUAGAUGUGAGGUGAUUAUGAGGAGAGUAAUGAUUGGAAGUAAUGUACCCGAGUGGAUUACGAUGUGCCUUGUUGUCUGUCUUGUACUGAUAGGCAAAGUGCAUUCCACAUCGGUGGUAUGGGAUGAGCGCCAUGAUGAUGUCAUAGUUGUGGCUUGUGAUAGACCUGAAAAUAGAAACAAAGGAAACACGUACCUGUAUCUCCAUUGUAGUCUUUUCAGCUAGUUAAUUCUCUAUCUAAUGUGAGUAGUCAAUGACUAGCUCUGUCCCUAAUGUAUGAGGAAAUAAUUUCAUUUUAAUAAUUUCUAGUGUAAUUUGAAGGAGAUUAACUAAAUCACAGACCAUAUGAAAUUUUUCUAAGUGCUGAUGAGGUUCCUCUAAAGGCAAUCCAUGAAAAUUAGGGAGCAUUUGAAAAAUUCCUAGAUUUAUUUUGAAUUUAAUAGUGAGUGCUAAUGGGACUUUAAUAUUAGAUGCUCUUUGAAAUGAAUUAGGGAUAUAAUAAUUUUUCAUGGCCAUAAGGUUGUUCUCAGUUUGACCUCUACUUCCAUCAGGAUCCAUCAAAAUUAAUUUUUCUUUCAAAUUUUUAGUUUUGAAUGAAAUAAUAAAAGAAUUUUCUAGCCUUAGAUGCAAGGAUCUUCUACCAUGCAUAAAAAAUCAAUAAAAUUGAGAAAAAAAAAGUUUAGUAAUUGUUACCCUCCUUCAAUAUGCUUUAAUCCUUGCCUUGCUUCUCUUCGUUUCUUUAAAAAAAAAAAAAAUCAACAAAAAGAAAAUAAAAUAAGAGUUAACUUUUUUUAUGUACUCUAAGAGAAAAAUAGAAAAAUAUUAAAUAUUAUGCAAUAUAUCCUCGACAACGGUACCAAAAUUUGAUGCGACUUAAUCAUUGUACUAUAAAUCACGCAACUUUAAAAUUUAUAAAACUAAAAAAUACAAAUUUUCAGAUAUUUAGAAGUAUUUCUAAAUAAAUAUAUCAAUUAUAAUUCAAUAAAACUUCUAAAAAUAGUAGUAAUUUUCUAGGUCGAUCAGAGGGGUGUAAUAUAAUAUCUAGUAAUUAUUCAAAAUUGUCUUCAAAGAAUACUAUUUUCUAUGAAUUUUAUACUUGUGAAUAAAAAGGAAAUAUAUUUAAAAUUUAUGAAAAAAAGAAAUAAGGGUGCGACGUCAAGAUCACAUCAACGCCUAGCGAAUGGAAAUCAGACAAAAAUAGAGUUCUGCUCAACAAUUCUUACGUAAGUGAUUAUAGAUGAUUUAAUUGAUCAAAUUAAGAUCUAUAAAAUCUAGAAGAAUCGUAAUAAAAUGAAGUAUAUCUUGGUAAAUUUAAAAUCAAAAAAUUAUCACUAAAUGAAAUAAAAAUUAAGUUGAAAGUAGGAAAACAAAGUUCCGGCGUCAUGGCAGCAAUGCAUCAGAGAUGCACCAGAAUCUUGAGCGUUUAGGAGGAUUGUCGUGUAGUGUCCAUAGCCUUGAAGGCUCUCCUUGGAUAAAGAUGACGUGCUCAAUCUCUAGAUCUCCUUAUAAAGUCUAGAGAUCAAUGAAAUCAGUUGUCGAAUUGAAUCAUCUCCAACAACUAUCACCCAGUAAAGUAGAAAAAUGGUGACUUUGCAGCUCUUCAACGGCUAUCACCCGACAGAGAGGAGUUGGAUGGAGGUGGGGCACGUGUUAGGAAGCUUCAUCCUCAAGUCUGCGCAACAAGAGGAGGCUCUUCAUCGCAUUUGGUAUGCUCUUAAAAAGUGGCGACUCGUCUCCUGGCGGAUUGUCCUCUUUUUGACGAUGGCUUGUUCGUCGAUCAAUCAAAGAUGAGUUGCUUGAUAGAUUUGCGAUCCUUUUAUUGUGAAUCGUUCAGCAAUUUUUGUAACAAUGCUCCGCGAAUUACGUUGACAAGAUUUUUGUCGAUGAUCCAGCAAUUCUGGUUGCUUAAUCCUUCACUAGUGAUCUACAAGAAAGUCGUGAUAAUUAGAUAAACAAAAUAUGAAUUUUGGUUUUGGGAAGAUUUGAACUUGCACCGAUUCUCCCCCCCCCUUGCCCUUUCUAAGGAGGUGUGAUGCGAGUUAAAAAAAGUCUUACAUCUAUUGUGCACCAAAAUUUCUAG